AUGAAGCUAACGAAAACAGAACUCACUGAUCCUGGGGUUAUGCCACCAGGUGAUGAUUCCCUGAGCUUGAUCGAGGAAUGUACCAAGGGGGGAAUACACGCUGUUGUAUAUCUGUCACGUCUUGGGCUAAUCAAUCUAGCAAAGGAUGCUAGGAAGUGCGGCAAGCCAGACUUCAAAUCAGUACCUGAAGUUCAACGCUUCUGGGAUUCAACGAAGCCUAUUGUCGAGUCUAUUGCGACGCAAUACAAGACAAGAAACGCUAUGCGCGAUGCUCUCCGAGAUCGGCGCAUCUGUCUGGAAGAAAUCUCAAGAGAUUGUGUAAAUAAGUUUGGCCAUCAGGUCUGGAACAAUGGCAUUGAAGAGCCUUUCGUCACGCGCGUCGAUACUCCGAAGAGACUCAGCGAGAAGUCCAAAUCCAAAGAGACCUUCAGAGUCCAGAAGUCUUCGAAAGUCAAGACUCGUACCAAGAUUGCAGAGAGCACGUAUCCAAGGCAUCUGAUCUACGGAGAUCGAAGUGACCAAGACAAGUAA